AUGUCCCUUCUCUAUGAUGAACAAGAUCCAUGGAAGGGAUGGACCGUCCAAGAUGUGUAUCAAAUGUCGGAGAAGCAGUUGAGAGAUUUUUGUCGAGAAACCAUGAUCAUGCCAUCCUCGGAGAUUCCAUCUCAUGAAUUGAGAGUUGCUGUUUGGAAGAAAUUACUAUCGAGCAAGGCUGCCCCAAGUGAACUUACUGAACAAUCCUUUGCUGCAAUUACUGAAGAAGAAUCACUCCCGAUCACAAAAAAUCAAUUGAUCGAACAUUUGAGACUUGUCAAUCAAGACACUACUGCCCUCUCGGAAUGGGCGGUUGAUAAGACUUUCAAAAUUCUGGUAUUUCAUCAUCAAUAUAUGGCUGAACGAACCUCAAUGGCCAAUUCUUCGUCAUCAAACAUGAUGGUUCCACCUAUAAUUCCAAACAUUUUGAGUUAUCGGCCAGAAAUGGCAAGAUUUGUCUAUCAAUUUAUUCGAUGCAUCAAUGUGGAACCAAUGCCUUGCACCGAAUUGUAUCCCAUGGUUUAUGUCAUGCUCACCAGAUAUUUCAAACCACUUGAAAGCAAGAGCAAUCCCAUGUUAGACAAAGACAACUCUGAACAAUUACAUCUCUUGUUGGAUUGCUUUGAUCAAAUGUUUAGACUUUUACUCCAAUAUCAUGAUCCAGAAUUGCAAAUCCAUUUCGAUAGACAUCGAUUGGAAGUAAUUGUUGAUGAAAUAAUUCCGUGGUCAAAAUCUUUAUUGGUCGAUUUGAUUUUACGUUUCAACUCUAAUUUUAUUGAAACAUUUACAUAUUUCCUGGAUAUUUUAAUUAUUGAACGAGAUCCUGUGAUAUUUACCUUUUUUGUAAUUUCAAUUUUAAUUAGAGACAGAACAAACUUGCUUAAUUUAACAACUACCAAUGAGUUGAGGCAAUAUUGUAAAGAUGCAUUGUCCACCUCAUCAACAUCCAAACAACAGAUAAUUGCUGUCAAGAGUGAUAUUUCUUCGUUAUAUUUGGAAGUUAAAAAUUUGGAAAAGGAAACUCCUCUCAGCGCCCGUAACCAACUCUUGUCACUCUUCCAAGCAUCUGCAGAAGUGAAAUUUGAUGCUAUCAAAAAACAAUUACAGGAGAGUGUCAUUUUACCAAUCCCAACAAGUGAAAUUGUCGAUUGUUUUACAAAAGAUAGAACUAGACAGCAACAACGAGCAAAAACCACCAGCGUCAAGUAUAUUAUCAUUGAUUGUCGAAGUGUGAAGAGUUUCCAAUAUGCUCGAUUACCAACAGCCAUUCAUAUUGGUACUCGCGUUGGUUAUGAUGACGAGAAGAUGAAAGCUAUUUUACAACGAUUCCAAGAUGCCAAAGGUUCUCAUUUCAUCAUUUUUGGUACCGGACGAAAAUUGCCUGAGGAAGAAAACCUAUUGCGAGUCAUUGCGAUGAAGUUUGUGACAGGAGGUUUUCCUCAUGUUUCGAUUGCAAUUGACGGCUUUAAAGGUUGCAUCAAAUUCAUGACAUCCAAUCAAAUUGAAUAUGUCAAAGAUGAAACUGUUGAAAAUGUCAAUAAGAACAGCUCUGGAAUUAAUACCGAGGAAUGGACUGCAAAGGUUUCCAGCUUUAUUACAUGGGGUAAAAAGAUGGCAGAAGAAUUUGUCAAUGAAAACAAGGAUAAGGUUCCUCGUUUGGGUGCCUCUCUCACAAAAGCUAAAUCCACGAUCGAAUCCAAGAUAAAACCUGUGUUCUCACUGGGAGAGGAAGGCUCAGGAUCAGACGACGAUGAACUUUCAAAUGCUACUGCCACUACUAAUUCCAGUGGCGGUGACUCAUCACAAGAACCAACCACUGUUGUGAAAAUUGACGAGUUAUCGACUCUUGGAGAGAACAUUAAGCUAUUCACUGCUCAAACCAGAAAGUCUCGAGAACCAAGAUAUAUUGCAGUGGGAGAUAAUUUAAUCAUGUGCCUAAAACCACAUCCACAAAUAUUGGGUAGCGGCCUUAUUUUGUGGAAGCGAACACUGAGACAAAUCGUCAAGCUCUCAUUUAAGAAGACUGACAACACCUCUUUGUCUUUUACUCUCAAAGGUUAUCCGAAUACUCUUUCGUAUGUUCCUCAGCCUCAUGAUUCCACACAGAAAGAUAAGGCUCCUCCGUCGUUUGUAGAGCAGUUCGCCAUGGAGAAUGCACAAGAAUGUAUCGAGCUUGUGCAAAGAAAUAUUCAAAAAUUGAAAGAGAAUAAUUAUUUAUUUUAA